UUUGGGUAUAAAGGAUACGGAAUUUCCGAAUGAUGCUGAGUUUAUUAGCAGUGGAUGUUGAAGUUUGUGUUUUACACAUCUAGAAAGUGUAAAAAUGGUGAACUCUUGCUGCGUUCUUAACUGCCGCCACCGCACUCACGAGCGCCGCAACGGAGUGCGAUUCUUCCAUUUUCCAACUUGGAAGCAAACCUUCGGUUCUCAGGUCUCUGAGCUGAGCAAACGGCGCCGCAUGGCGUGGAUAGCAGCAGUGCGACUGAAACACAUCUCAUUUAACAACAUUCCCCGACACAUGGUGGUUUGUUCACGGCACUUUCACAAAGGCAAACCAGCCUAUGAAAUGCUGGAGUGUGAUCCUGAUUGGGCUCCAUCAUUACAUCUCGGUCACUCAGAAGUUAAAGCAACAAAGCCUAGCCGCUUUGAACGGAGGAAAAAGCGACAGCAGACUCUGAAAAAGAAAAACUCUGCUCCAGAACCAAAACAAGAACCUACACCUAUACCAAUACACCCAGUCCUCAAAACAGAGCCGGAUGAAUCUCCACCAAUAGAUGAAAUUCCACCUCCAGAUGACACUCCACCUCAGGAUCAAACUUCACAGGCAUCCAUGAUUGAUGUAUCUACUCUCCUGGAGCAGGACGAGUGUAGUUUUUGUGUUUGCAGGCGUGCGGAAAUCAACAGAUUGCUUGAGGAGAACCGCAGACUUAAAAAAGAACUCGCGCAGAAGACAAUGGACGAGGAUUUUUUUAAAGAUGACGACGCUAAGGUCAGAUUCUACACCGGGCUUCCAAGCUUCGCCGUUCUGAUGGGUAUUUUGGAUCAAAUUUUUCCUUCUUUGCAGCAAAACAAUCGGAAGCUCGCCCCUUUCCAGAUGCUCCUCUUAACUCUGAUGCGCUUGAAGCUCAAUCUGCCGGAUCAGCUGUUUACGCAUCUCUUUUCAGUAGGACGCAAGACUGCAUCCAGCAUAUUUAAAGAGACCGUCAGUAUGAUGUAUAAACGCCUCAACCCUUUGGUCGUCUGGCCUGAAAGACCUUGCCUGCAGACUAUAAUGCCACAACAAUUCAUUGAGACGUUUGGCAGCCAUGUUGCGUUUAUCGUGGAUUCCAUUGAAAUCGACAUUGAUAGAGUGUCGAAUGUCAAACCUAAAGGACAAAUGAUUUCCCAAAACAAGAAGACUUUAAAGUACCUCAUCUGCUUCAUACCACGCGGAGCCGUCACUUUUAUUUCCAAACCUCGGGAAAGUCAAGUCGAUGAAAAGAGUUUGAUUGAAAGCAGCGGCCUUUUGGAGAAAAUCCAAAGUGGCGAUUUGGUUUUGUCGAGCUGUGGGUUUGACAUCAGGGACGGUGUUGGAUUAACAUGUGCUGAAGUCGCUGAAGGACAGCUCAAAGUUCGAGAUGUGGAGGAGACCAGGCAGAUCUCAAACCUCAGGUUACAUGUCAAGAGGGUGACCGCGUGUGUUCGCACCAAAUACACUUUCCUCAAUGGACCUGUACUUGUGAGCAUGACGGUACCAGAUGUCGGAGAGGACAUCACGUUCCUUGAUAAGAUCGUGACUGUGUGCUGUGCAUUGACUAAUAUGUGCCCCAGUGUUGUUAUGAAACCGUGAAAAAGGAUAUAAGAGAUAUUUGUUAUGUGUGAAAUGCAUAGCGUAACACCUGCAGCUAUAAUAAAUGGAUUCUUUUUUAA